AUGCUCUUUAAACGACCAAUUGGUAUCAGAUCAGAAUGUGUCAUAUCCGGAGUUUGGUUUUGGUGGUUUUUACCAUUAGUGCCAUAGACGCUCUUCCUCAAUUGAGACGUUUUCUGAAUAACCAAAGUCCCGUGCAGCAGGGACAUUGGGGUGAUCCAAUGCACCAGGGAGGUAAUUAUAUGCAGCAGCAACAACAACAACAAAACGGUAAUAUAGCCCGGUGUGUGACUCCGAGUAACCCGUGCCAUUGCUCGAUGAAUUUGGCACAAGACAUGAAAUGUCUUGUAUGCAGUUGUGGGACUUCUUACACGUCAGGUCCUGCUCAAUUUUCAACACAAGCACCGUCUUUGAUAUCUAGCACACACAAUAUUGUAUCAACCACAUCACCUACACCGCCGGUAACCAGUCGUACACCGCCAACAACAAUAACAACAAUGCAACAGGCGCCAUCAACAACAAUAACAGCUACAACAGAAGCAAGAACAACGACAGCAGUAGCGACAACAACGGCGUCAGUCGACUUUUGUGAUGUUGCUAAGCAACUGUGUCAAACUAACUGCCCGGAUGGUUACCUCGUGGACCCUGCAGACUGCACUUUUUGUAUUUGUAAAAAGGACGCUCUUUCCGGUUAAUUUCUGACAGCCUCGUUUUCAAAAGGUGUAUGUCUUUGAGUUAAUAAAA